AUGUUCUGGACGCUCCUCCUAGUUGCUCGGACCAAUUCAUGUGAAAUUCUAACGAAUUCUUCUCUACUGUGUACCAACUUAUCAGACUUUCAUCUGACAUCAUCUAACUACAUUGAGCACAUUGGUAUUCACUGCAAUGGAUCUUUGCCAGCCUUCGCUUUUGAAAAUUUUGUUCAUUUGAUUAGCAUUGAACUAUUGGAUUGUGAAUUAUCGGAGAUACCGUGGCAGAGCCUUUACGUAAACGGCAAAACAUUAUCUGUCGACUUAAGAAGUUGCCCACUGGACUGUAGCUGCACCAAUGAAUGGCUGAUUUCAUCGCAACACUAUUCAACCUAUGCUUGCUCAUUCUCACAUUGCGUUCGGGGCACCAUAAUGACAGAACCUUACAUCGAAUGUGUCCCAGGCGACACAAUCACAAUCGACGUGAAUAUUUCUGCGAAUUAUUUUUCAUGGCACAUGUCCAGUGCACAAAACAACGUUACUGAAAAUCUCAGCAAAAAGCACGUACAGCUGGUUAUUUAUGCUGUCACUGAAAAACAGCUAGGCACUAUCUCAGUGGUUUGCUGGCACUGUGACCAUCCAUUAAUGACAACAAUUGAGCUUCGUGUACGCGCUCCCCUUCGUGCACGCUUGGAAGAUCGAGGUGACUCACACCUCAUCGUCGUUUCUGGUUGGCCUAUUAAUCCAAUUAAUCUUACUAUUGAAUGGAGUGGUGAAACGGAAACACGGAAUCUUUCUGAUGAAAAGACGGUCACCUUUUUCAACAACCUUGUUGUGCGUCCUGACACGGGGCAAUCACUUUUUUAUCGGCGAGUUUUCUCUGUAUUCGCUCUCGCAUGUUCGACUUGUCCUAGGUCCAAAUGUUUUUCACGAACUCCUCACGGGUUUCCUCCUCCAUUUCUUCCCAGCCGUUCUCGAGUCUUGCUUUCUAAGACUCCAAACUGGGAUUGCAAACCCGACAGGUCGUUUUUUAAACGCGCACUAUUCGGGCAGCUAGCGUUGGCACUCCCGGGUGAGCUUGGCUUUGAGCUAGAGUGCGUCAUGUCGGGGAGUUGUUUAAAGAAGCAGAGUCGGAUCACUGCUUCAUUGCGUCCAUCAGGGUGCUCUUUGAGUUCGGGUCUUCGACAAUUCUCACGCUGGCACCAACAAAUCACGAGCGUCUUUCCGUUGCCAGUGACUCUCCCAAUAAACAUCAUUUUACUGUUUUUACAGCAACUUCUUUGCAAAAGCUUGCACCUUCGAUGUUUAUAG